ACAGAGGUAAAUGCAAGUGGUAAAAAAUGGCCUGCUUAAUUUUUAAUUACAGAAGUUAAACUACUUCUGUUAAUACAGGUAACAGAAAUUCCAUUUAUUUAAAUGGCCAAAUUUGGACUUACUGCCAUAUUACCAAUACAGUGCAGAGUGAACAGUACCGUUCGUUAAAUAUUUCUGAGUGAUAUAAAGUGAUUGUGGUUAAAUAUGGAUUUUUAUCAUGAAGAGUUAAAUAUGCAAGUUGCCCAACAGCAGACCAUGACUAUGGCCAUGGGUUAUCCGGCGAACAUGAUGGCCAGUAAUCAAGCCCCGACAGUGCCUUGGCAGUACAAAAUACCGAAAGAGGAACCGAUGGACGAUCGCGACGACUCCGGUAUAAACUCCGGCAUUUCAUCCCCCGGAAGCGACAGCAGCCACGACAUCAUGAACCCCUUCUCCCCCCCAAUCCCCACAACCGUCUCCGCGAUGAACGGACAGUACUCCCCGUGCCUACCGAAUGCCACCCAAACGUACCCCAUCAAUAUUCCAAGAAGUACCAACAUGUACCACCAAGUGCCGAACAGCGCGCAGAAUUCGUACUACAGUACUCCCGUACAGCAAGUGAAAAGUUAUCCUACUAACUUGCUGACUCCCCCAAUCUCCGAGCCUUCAAGAGACCACAAGGAAGAAUCCGAGAACGAAGUUGACGUAAACGAAGACGCUUUGAGGCAUCUGCAGAGAGCCUUCGGGCAGAGCACCUACAACCCGGGGCAAGUCUCCAAGAGCAGCGAAGAUGAAUCAAAAUCGGAGGACGACAAGCCGAAAGUCGCGAAGUUCGGCGGCAAACGCAAGAUGGUGAAAUGCAAACACUGCCCGGAGACUUUCAGCAGCAAAGAGGACAUGUGGGAUCACUACAGGGUCCACAUCAAAAGCGAGAAGCUCCUGGCCUGCCCGCAUUGCCCCUUCGUCACCGAAUACAAGCACCACUUCGAAUACCAUUCCAGAAACCACACCGGCAGCAAACCGUACAAGUGCGAGGAGUGCUCGUACGAGUGCGUCAGCAAGUCCAUGCUGAACUCCCACAUGAAGUCUCACUCCAACAUCUACCAGUACCACUGCAGGGAUUGCAACUACGUGGCCAAGUACUGCCACAGCUUGAAGCAGCACCUCCGCAAGUACAACCACAGGCCCGGCGCUGUCCUGAACCCCGACGGCUCCCCGAACCCCUUUCCCAUAAUAGACGUUUACGGCACGCGCCGCGGCCCCAAAAUCAAGAAGGUGUCGAGCCAAGGGGCCGCCCCCAAAGAGCAACAGCAAGUCCCCCCCUUGAUGAACCACUUGAUGAUGAACCCCGCGCAAAUGAAUUUCCCCAUGCUACCGCAACUGCAAGAGCAAAUGCAGCAAUUCUUCCAUCCCCUACUGGGAGCCUUAUCGCAGCAAAUGAUGCUGCAAAACUUGGAGAGACUGGCCAGAGGAAGACAGCUGUCCACUUCCACUGAUGAGCAGGAAGAGAACCUGAGUUCUUCAGUCGAAGACAGCCAAAGUUCCACGAUUGUGAGACAAGAAGACAAUGAAGAAUCGGAAAGGCAUUCUCCAGUAUCGAUGAAGAAUGAGGAAGAUGUCAUGUCUGAAGCUAGCGAAUCCGGCGCUUUGGAUUUGAGCAAAGCCGGCCCGAGCAAAAGUCGCCGUAAAGGUCCGGCGUUCAGACUUUCGUCGACGAACGAAACUUCCGAUGACGAUGACGAUCAUUUGACCACGAUGUUCAGUAACGUGGAGGUGGUGCAGCAAAAUGCCGAAGAAACCGACGCAAAAGAAAGUCCCGCAUCGACAACGGAAUGCCAGUAUUGCAAUAUCGAUUUCCGCGACAAUCUGCUCUACUCGCUCCACAUGAGGUAUCAUUCCCCUGCCGAUCCCUUCACCUGCUCCAUCUGCAGCGAACAUCACCCAGAUAAAUUGAGGUUCUACUUGCACAUCAACCAGAGGCCCCACUAGACGGUUAUAUAAGAGUAGUAUAGUAGAGUGUACAUAAAUUUUAUUGCGACUUGAUGUAACCGAUACCCCGCUCCCAAAGUUGGAAUCUUAGUCAAUAGGCUGGCUAGUCAAGUUUGUGAUUUUAAAUACGUGCAAUUAUUCGGUUCUAACUUUGGGAGUAAACCUCCAACACCCCGUACAUUACCAACUGUAACGUACAGAGUGUCCGGAACACGGUACCGAUAUUUAUUUGUUUAAUAUUAUUUAUCUUGCCAAAUUUUAAUUCUAGUUUUAAUUUAUUUCGUGUGGUGAAAUUAGCAAACAUAAGUAUAUUGUAAUAGUUAAGGGACCAGUAAAGACUGAUUUUUUGUAUAAAGAUGAUUUCAUAUUUUUGCACUUUAUCGUGUGUACAUAUAUUUCUGUAGAUCUGUUUUUGAAUGCGAAAUGCAGUAUUAUAAAGUCUAUAUUUUUAGUAUGUUUAGUUUUUAGGUUUUUUGUAUUUUACCUUGUGUCGAAAUUUCUGAGCAAACAUCAAAAUUAAGUAUUAAUAUUAGUUAUAGGUUGGAUUUAAUAAAUAAAUACACCAUUAUUCAUA